AUGUCUAUUUCCAUGCCGAAAAGGAACUGGCCCCAGCCGCAAAGGGAUAAACCUAGCGUCGACAAAGAUGUUCGUCUCCUUAACAUGGUAGCGAAGAAGGCGAGCCUGCGGAAACCGCUUGUCGUGUUUCAAAAUCUUAGUCGAUCGCCUUAUAUGAAACCUCCAGUCCUCAUGGAGUUGAGUUGGAACCCCAAACCGGAAACGCCGCGUACCAAUACAGGUUGGAGUUAUGUAGGUAUACCGGGAACGGCGCCUACUUCGUUGCUGCUGAUGCCACUACUUUCCUCCUCUUCGGAUCAUGAAUUGAGUGGAGAUAUGGUUCCGUACUGCGGAAAUGUCACCAACAGAGAAACAUAUGCUAUGAAUAGCUAUGAACAAUCUAGAUUGCCUGCUGUUCUUCGUGGUCGAGCAUUACUCACAAUUCGGAGGUCAACGCCACGCCGACCUCAAUGUCUAUUUGCAGAGCUUGACCUUAACACGCUUCUCCCUGCAUGUUCAUCAAGGUCCAUAAAUGCGAGCAGGGCGGCAAAGAAAAUUUUCACUCAGGGAAGCUUGCGCAACUUACUUUCCCCUGAGAACGACGAAGAACAUCUUCUCGCCCUCUCGACAACCGCAGAGCGCCUUCACAUGGAGAAUGGAAUACUUUCUAAUCCUUCCCACGAACAAUAUUCAUCAGUAUCAGGUCCUUCUCAUGUAUAUGCCGUCGUCGUCUUUUCGUCUCCUUACCAUAUUCGAUAUCUUUGUAAGGCUGUGAACGGCCUUUGGGCCUAUCCAGGAACAAGGGCAUUAUUUCCUUUGAUCCGAGGGCAAAGAGCAGUUCCACGGGUCAUUCCCAACGAAGCGGGGAUGUAG